AUGAGGAAUGGCAGUACCACCAAUGGCAACGGCAACGGUUACGCCAAAGUGAAUAGAUACGAACGUGCUGCGCUUGCAGGCUUAGGUCCUCGUUUCCGCUCUCCGUUGUUCCGGUUAGGCCAUGCUCCGUGUUUGCGUGUAUGCGUUCCCAGCCCGGAAGGUGAAUGGCUAUCCGAUGAGAGCGUACUGGAAUGCGAGAAAGAGUUGAAACGGGCGGGUGUUGUACCACUGUUGCGAGUUGGCGAUGUCGUGUGGGAUACAGCAGUUGGGGAUGAAGGCAACCUCGGUAGGUUGGUUUGGGAUGGGAACUAUCUCAUUGACUUGGACUACACGUACUCGAAAGUGGGUGAAGUGCCGCAAUACCUUCACACGCUGUCUUUCCCUCCUUCGUAUUUCCAUCGCGUUAUCCGGACACCUGGCAAUCCAAUCUGUCAUAUUGAUAUAUCGCCGUGGGGUGAAGAGAUCGCCGCCAACUUGCAACUCUUACAGGAUCGUAUCCAAACCGAGACUCCCCAGGGUGGACGGCACACCGUCGUACGCUGGAUCCACCGCUCCAAGUUCCGCAUCCGGCCCAACCCAUACACGAACGUGUCGAUUCCGAUCCCAGGAACCAGUCUCUCAGUCGAUCCGGGGUGGUACGGGACGAUCAUAAUCGAGAUUGAGGGCACGAAUGAGGGACUUGCGGAUCUACAGCAGAGAUGCCGAUCGGGUUUCCCUCCGCGUGCGGUUGGUGCGGUUGAGAAUGGAGAUGCGUUGAAAUCGAAGCAGGCGAGUAAAGUCUUUAGGAUUCUAAGGGAGCGGAGCCGACCGGGAGAAAUAUGGCUCCGUGCCGUUCGUGAAAAAGAGCGUCUGCUCUAG